GGGUUUCUCCGUGUAUAAGCAUUGGUGCCUAGUGAAGAUAAAUAUGAUCGGGUGGUUCCGCUCGUGGCAAAAAAUUUGCUGUUAAGAAAAAAAAGAUAAACUCUUUAAACUAGAAAAAUAAUCUUUGGGUAGUGAGAUAAUUGUAUCAAUAGUUUACCAGAAAGAUGAGAUGAUGUAUCAGCUUUCAAAAAUCCGAUCAACUCAUCUUCACAUCCCCUCCGGUGUAUCCAAAAGUAAACAAGGGUAGAAGACGACAUGUUUGUGUUAUCUCCAACUCCAAUUCGAUCAAUCCUGUUUUCCCCAUUCUCCCACAAAUCUCCCAAAUGUGCCCCUCUUUUCACUAAGGCAGAAUACCAUCACUAUAUCUUUGACGCUACAAUCAAACAUACCCACUUGAACCUGGGCCCGCUGACCAGAAGUUAUGGUUCAAUCCAAAAAUCCAAAAGAAUUUUGGGCCUUCGGACAACAAACACAACACUCAAAGCAAGGGCUCUUACGAUAAAAAACGAGGCUGGAAAUACUCCACGUUGUGUUGUUUUGGACAUUGAAGGGACAACUACGCCUAUUUCAUUUGUCACUGAUGUUCUUUUCCCAUAUGCGCGUGACAAUGUGCGCAUGCAUUUGGAAGGAACAUAUGAUAUGACUGAUACUAAAGAUGAUAUCAACUUGUUACGCUCUCAAAUAGAAGAUGAUUUACAAAACGGAGUUGUGGGUGCGGUUCCUGUUCCGUCAGAUGAUGCAGGCAAAGAGGAGGUGAUUGCUGCUUUGGUCACUAAUGUUGAAGAAAUGAUAAAAGCCGACAGGAAAAUUACUUCACUUAAACAAUUGCAGGGUCACAUUUGGCGCACCGGGUUCGAGAAAAAUGUAAUAAAAGGUGUUGUUUAUGAUGACGUUGUUCAAGCUUUUGAAAGAUGGCAUGCUUCUGGUGUCAAGGUGUACAUUUAUUCGAGUGGUAGCAGAUUGGCACAACGGCUAAUAUUUGGAUAUACAAACUAUGGCGACUUAAGAAAAUAUUUAUGCGGAUUUUUCGACACCAAAGUGGGGAAUAAAAGAGAAACAAAAAGUUAUGUUGAAAUCUCGGAGUCCCUUGGAGUCGACAAGCCAUCCGAAGUUCUGUUUGUAACUGAUGUUGUUCAAGAGGCGGUAGCAGCAAAGGCAGCUGUUGGACUGUUGUUGUCUCAGGUCUGGAAGUGAUCAUCUCGGUUAGGCCUGGAAACGCUCCGCUACCUGAGAAUCAUGGAUGUGAUACGGUCGAAACGUUUACAGAAAUACCCUUUUGAAGGUUUUUGUGUGAGAUGGUAGCGUUGGAUUUGUCAACAAUGUUUAUAGCAUAAUUCGAUAUUGUUAAUAACAUCCACCGAACGUUAAACACCAAUAACAUCUUCAUAAAAUCAUCAACUUCUUCAUUAUUUCUCAAA